ACGGGGUGAAAAGCGGGGGGAAAACCAGAGUUAUCUAUGGUCAUGUGACCUAAACUAUUAUUUUAGUAGCAAUUUAUUACAAUACAAGUUACAGGCAGUUGCAGCAAGUUCUCUUUUAAGACUAUGUGAAAUGGCGAUUUUUUCUAACGGUUUUCUCAGGAAUCUUGGGUUCUAUGUAAUAUUUUUACAGGGAUUUCGAGGCAAAAGGGUAAAGAGUCACAAAUAUACAUACCAAAAAAAAGCGUGCAGAUUAUGCUUAACAUGA